AUGGCAGUCCGAGUGCAGUUUGAGAACUCGAACGAAGUCGGAGUCUUUUCGAGGUUAACAAAUGCAUAUGCAUUAAUAGCUCUAGGAGGAUCGGAAAAUUUUUCAAGUGUAUUUGAGUCUGAGUUAUCACAACACAUUCCUUUGAUAUAUACAACAAUAGGAGGUACCAAGGUUAUAGGUAGAGUAUGUGUUGGUAAUAGAAAAGGAUUGCUUGUGUCAAGUAUAUGUACUGAUCAAGAAUUGUUACAUUUAAGGAAUGCUUUACCAGAAAAUGUAAAAAUAAAACGUAUAGAAGAACGUUUAUCUGCUUUAGGUAAUUGUAUUACUGCUAAUGAUUAUGUCGGUUUAAUACAUACAGAUAUAGAUAGAGAAACAGAAGAAAUAAUACAGGAUGUUCUAGAUAUUGAAGUGUUUAGAACUUCUAUUGCUGGAAAUUUAUUAGUAGGUACAUAUUCGUAUUUUACUAAUAAUGGUGGAUUAUUACAUGCUAUGACGUCAUCACAAGAAAUAGAAGAAUUAUCAGAACUCCUACAAAUACCUUUAAUAACUGGUACAAUCAAUAGAGGAAGCGAUCUCAUUGGGUCCGGCUUAGUUGCUAAUGAUUGGUCCGCUUUCUGUGGCAUGGACACUACUGCUAUUGAACUAAGUAUCAUUGAAAAGGUGUUCAAACUUAAUAAUAUUGAGGAUGCCAACAUUGACGAAAAUUUCAUGUACAAGUCUUCGAUCAUACAAACGAUGAUAUAG